CAAAAGGUCCUUAUUAGCCGGUAUUGGACAAGUUACUAAAUCUCUUGAUUGAAUAUGACCAUGAGCAGAACAGAAAGCGAGUCAAGAGUUAAACAGACACAGCCAUGUCACUGACAUCUGCAAAUACUGCAUAGGUCUACUCUUUCACUUAAAGCAUUAACUUAUACUUUUAUCAAUCAGUUUCUCAGUUGGGGGGAUCUGGUGUUAAUGUAGCAGCAGACUAAGCUCUGAUCUGGGCUGGCUCGGUAGUUAACCCAGCACUUGGCGUAACUGUGUUUCAGUUUCCUGUCAUUUAAGUGAUUUUACAAUGCUUUCUUGAUCGGACACUUGAGGAGUAUUUUUGAUCUGUAAAAACAAACUUCAUUGCUAUCAUUCCAGGGACUAGCUGUUAUCUCUUUUGUUUUAGUCCUUUAUCAGUUUAAAGGGGGCGGGACAGUGGUGUAGUGGUUAGCGCUGUUGCCUCACAGCCAGAGUGGCUUACAGUUGUUACAAGAUAUCAAAUAAUUUUUACUCACCAAUUGUUGUAUCCAUUUUAUGCAUUUUUUUUUUUUUUACUGGAGCAAUCUAGGUAAAGUACCUUUGCUCAAGGGUACAGCAGCAGCCGUCUCAUCCACCUGGGAUUUGAACACAACUCUCUGGCCUAGAGCCCUUUUUUUUAUACAAUCAGCGAAGAAAAAUUGUAGUAAUUUAAAUUUUAUGUGUGCCCUAUAAAUGGUAAAGCGGAAGAACUGGGCCAACAUAAUGUUACCAUGGAAAAUAGUUUCAAUUAAUCUUGAAAGACUGGUUGUAAGUAAAAGCAAAACAACAGUUUCUGACAAACAGGUUUGUGGAUUGGUCACAUUUCCCAUAAAAAUACAUAUAGCAAGCUAUAAAAACCAAAUGCGGAACAUAUUUUUCACACAAGUCUUCAGAAAGUGCAUCGAGUCACAGAGACAUUCUGCUUCUUUUCCUAAACUCAAGACAAGCAUCCACAAGUAGAGGGAAAUGGAGACAGUGGGGAAAUUUGAGUACAGCAUGAAAGAUGUCCUAGGACAAGGUGCAUUUGGUAUGGUAUUUAAGGGAAGGCACAAAGAGAAAAACGGUGAAGUUGCCAUCAAAUGUAUACACACGAAAAACCUCUCUUUUGAUCAAACUUACUGGACACAGUUAGACAGGGAGAUACAGAUUUUAAAGGGGCUGAAACAUGACAAUUUUGUGAGAUUGUAUGAUUUCCAGAAAACAUCUAGUUGUGUCUAUCUGGUGAUGGAGUACUGCAAUGGAGGGGAUCUGGCAGACUACCUGAAAUCCAAAGGGCCCCUAAAUGAGGACACAAUCCGUCUGUUCCUGCUGCAGAUCACAUCUGCCAUGAAGGUGCUGCAGAGCAAGGGAGUCAUCCACCGAGACCUCAAACCACAGAACAUCCUGCUGGCCCUUACAGGAGGGGACAAAUCCAACCCCAGAAACAUUCGCUUGAAGAUUGCCGACUUUGGGUUAGCCAGAUUCCAGCCAACCAAUAUGAUGGCACUUACAAUGUGUGGUACUCCUCUGUACAUGGCUCCUGAAGUUAUAAUGGCCAAGACCUAUGAUGCAAAAGUUGAUCUAUGGAGUAUAGGAAUCAUAGUGUACCAAUGUCUGACUGGCCAGGUCCCAUUUCAGGCUAGCAACCCUCAAGAGCUCUGUCGCCUCUUUGAGAAACACAAGAACUUGACUCCCAACAUCCCACAGGGGAUCUCCACUCACUUGCGCCACCUACUGUGCAGGCUGUUGCAGUGCAAUCCUAAAGAUCGCAUUGAAUUUGAUACAUUUUUCAGACACCCAUUCCUCGGAGUGAGCUCACCCAAGAAAAAUUCAAAAGAAGCUGCCGUUCAAAGUCGACAGGCUCCAGAGCCAAAGACCAGAGCUGACUUUUUAAAAUAUUACUGUCAGCUCACACUGGACCCCAACACAGCACAUAGAGAGCUCUGUCUGUCUGAAGGGAACAGAAAGGUAACACGACGGAAAGAGGUCCAGCCAUAUCCUGAUCACCCAGAUAGAUUUGACAUCUUGUACCAAGUGCUUUGCAAAGAGGGUUUGUCUGGGUCUCCCUGCUACUGGGAGAUUGAGUGGAGUGGCAGGGAGGGGGUAGAUAUAGGAGUCACAUAUAAAGGAAUCAACCCGAAAGGAGAGGACAUUUCCUUUCAGCUUGGACACAAUAACAAGUCCUGGAAAUUGUUCUGCUGUGAUUCCAGGUACUCUGCCUGGCAGAAUAACAAUGUAUCUGAAGUAAAAUUAUUCCGCUCCCCCAGAAUAGGGGUGUAUCUGGACUUUACUGCCGGCACGCUAUCAUUUUAUGGAGUCUCUGGAGACAAAAUGACCCCCCUGCACAGAUUCCAAACCACAUUUACUGAGAAACUCUAUCCUGGGUUUUAUAUUUAUUCUGAUUCCAGUGUAAGAGUCUGCAAGCUGAAGUAGCCGCCUGUUUAGUGUUUGAAUGAAGAGGUUCAUUUCUGAGUGAAUUUCUGUUGACUUUCUUUUUUCUGCAUAGCAAUGGCCUUCAGUGGAAGGUUGCUGGACUCUCAAGCUUAGUAAAACUGUCUCCCACAAUAAGGAUGUGUACUCACUUCCACAGCAUCUUCUUAUCACAAGGACUGGCGUCAGCUAGUUUGUAACUUAUCUUGAGGAAGAAGUUUUGAAGUCACAACACUCUUUGUCUUGCAGAACUUUCUGUUCAAACCUGUGAUGUGCUUUUAGUACACACCUAUUCUUUGCUUAGUAUCACCACUAACAUGUUUAUAUGUGCUUGUAUUUGUAGUCAACUUUAAGACAGUUUGUACACUGUUCUUCACUGGCGCAUUAAAUAAAGUACUUUGUAGUUGGUAACCUG